AUGACAGAUGCCUGCGGUGGAGGAGAGCAUCUCACAGCCCCCGCUUCCAUCCCCGAUGACUCUGACCCAGAGCUGCACUAUGAGGAGGAGGAGGAGGAGGAGGAGGAGGAGCCCUCGGACACCAGCAGCAUCUUCUCCGAUGACUCUGUCUACCCAUCCUAUGAGGUGUCUCCCGGGGCCAGCAGUGCCGGGGACCUCAGCCUCUACCAGUGCUGUGCCAGAAACGAUGCCAAACUGGUGUGUGAGAGGCUGGAGCGCGGGGUGACACAGAGCGAAGCCACUGAGAUGGAUGUCAACGGGAGGAAUGGGCUGAUGCUCGCCUGCUACAAGGGCUUCGUGGACAUCGUGCCCCUGCUGGGGAAGUGCCCCUACAUAAACGUCAACCAGCAGGACAAGGAUGGCAACACAGCACUCAUGAUGGCUGCCCAGGCAGGACACAUCACCAUCGUCAACUAUCUCCUCAACUACUACCCCGCACUGGAGGUGGACAAGCGAGACCCCCGGGGCCUGACAGCACUGAUGAAGGCUGCGGUGCAGGGGCAGCAGGACUGUGUGGCCGCCCUGCUCCUCUCUGGAGCAGACCUGCAAGCAGUGGAUGCUGUCAAGGGGAAGACGGCCAGGGAGUGGGCGGCCUUCACUGGCCGCUUUGAGACAAGCGUGCGGAUCCGGAGACUCCUGCAGCGCCCGCGGGCAGAGCAAUUCGGCACCCGGUACCGGCCUGAGUGGCCGGCGCUGGCUGAGCUGGUGGCCAAAGCUUUGAGCCCUAAAUCCAGAGGGAAGAGGCUGUCAGAGAAGAUACGCUCCAUCUUCACCUUCAGCUUUCCCCGUGAGCCCCAGGAGGAGGGUGUGAUGGACCACAUGGUGAGGAUGACCACUGCCCUCGCCAGCCCCUUCGUGGCCACCGCUUGCCAAACUGUCUGCCCUGACAGCCCCCCUGAGUUAGGCAAGCGCAGGCUGUCAGUGCCAGAGAUCCUCGGGCACCACGUGCUGGAUCCACAUGCUGAACCAGAACCAGCCUCACACCCCAGCAGCGCCAUGUCCUCCUGCAAUGGCCAAGCCACGUCUGAGAUCCGACUCCUGCCGCCGCGCCGCUGGGCCGGGGGCCUCCUCAGCCUCCUGCCCCUGCGGCUGCGACGUGGGAACAGCAUCUUCCCUGGAGAGCCCAUUCCUAAAAUCAAAGUGAGCAAACCCUCCUGCCCCCCAUGCCCCUGUGGGAGGGAGCGGCGGUGGCGCGGGGGGGAUAAGGACCUGCUGCGGCCCCCCCAGUGGAGGUACAAGGAGCUGAAGGAGGAGAAGAGGGCAGCUGAGGAGGCCAAGAGCGAGAAGAAAAAGAGGAAGAAGUGCUAA